AUGCAAGCCGUCAGAAGCCUUUUUAGGACGACUCAGGUCGUCAAGAAUGCUCCGCAGGUCAGAAAUAUGAGUGUGGUCUGUAUUCCAACCAGAAACAAGGUUUCCAAGGGGGAAAUGAUCACACUUUCCAUUGGUAUGGUGUGCGGUUGGUUAUUCAUUCCUGGGUGGGUUCUGGUCCACAUGAAGGACUACCGUAACAAAGAAUAA